UCCAACAUUUUUAAUGCACGUGAAUGCAACCCGUGUGCCACUCGGGGAGAUCAUGUGACCACACGGUUGCCAGUUCCAUUCUUUCCAGUCUUCGCCUUUGACGACGAACGAGCCAGUCCAGCGUCAUCAUGUGCACCAGUGUGCAGCCCAUCGAGUGGACCACUGAGGUCAAGGACCAGAAAUUUGAUGGCAUCAUAUUGGUGACCCACAUCUAUGAUGAUUUGCCCUCUGAACUUGAGUGUCUGAAAGCCCCCCUGCAAGACUACAACUCUGUGGACAGCGGACUGGGGGAGGAGGUGGUGCUCCUGAAGGUCCCCGGUCUCCCUGGCAACCGCCUGGUGUUUUCCGCCACCGGCCCCGUGGACCGCGACUACGACGACGUCCGACGGUUCAGCGACGCGGCCGUCAACGCCGUCAAACGGGCCUUGAAAGCCGGAAUGCAGCGGCCCUUACUGAUCUGCCCCCCGCACAAGGACUACAAGAACAGCACGCUGGUGGCUGCGCUCGGGGCUCUUCAUGCGCUCUACAUGCCUCUGGAAGUGAGGGAGGCGAACAUCAAAUCGUCCAAGCACAAAGUGUGCGCGCUGGGUCUGUGGGCGGCUCGCGAGAGCCACGCUCAAAGGCUGGCGGAAGUGGCCGGUGCUCUGGAAAGCGGAAGGCUGGCGUGCCGUGACAUCGGCGGUUCUGAUCCCGAGCGAAUGGCCGCUCCCCGUGUGGCCGACUACGUUGCGGAACUCUUCAAGGACGGCCCCGUGCAGGUGGCGGUUAUCGACGAUGUCAAAGUUCUGGAGAGGGAGUACCCGUGCCUGGCCGCCGUCAACCGCUGCGCCAACAGCGUCCCCCGUCACCGGGCCAGAGUCGUCAAGUUGGAGUACUGCGGCGAGGGACCCGUCGGGAAGACGCUCAUGCUGGUGGGCAAGGGAAUCACGUACGACACGGGCGGAGCGGACAUCAAGGCCGGCGGUUGCAUGGCGGGGAUGCACAGAGACAAGUGCGGCGCUGCAGCCGUCGCCGGCUUCUUCCAGAUUUUAGCUAAGCUGAAGCCCAAAAACCUGAAGGUUGUUGGUUCCAUGGCCAUGGUGCGCAACAGUGUGGGUUCAGACUGCUACGUGGCGGACGAGCUGGUGGUGUCGCGAGCGGGCCGCCGAGUCCGAGUGGGCAACACGGACGCCGAGGGGCGCAUGGUGAUGGUUGACCUGCUUUGUGAGAUGAAAGAGAAGGCACUAUCCGAGACUUCCCCGCAACUGUUUACGAUCGCGACUCUGACCGGCCACGCCAUCAGAGCCAUGGGACCCAACUACUCGAUUAUCAUGGAUAACGGACCCGCCCAUCGCGCCGGCAAUGCGGCUAAUUGGCAGAAAGCCGGGGAGGUCCUGGGCGACCCGUUGGAAGUGUCCCGCAUCAGGAGGGAGGACUACGAGUUCCACAAGGGGAAAUCCGAGUACGAGGACAUCCUCCAGUGCAACAACCUGCCGUCUUCGGCGACCCCUCGAGGACACCAGAGCCCGGCGGCCUUCCUCAUCAUGGCGUCCGGCCUGCACAAGCACGGUGUGGAUUCCGAGUCGCCUCUGCCGUACUCCCACAUCGACAUCGCAGGCUCCAGCGGGCCCUUCCCGGGGGUGCCGACGGGAGCGCCGAUCCUCGCCAUGGCCACCAACUACUUCCUGUCUGAUCUUUAGACCUCGAGUGGCAGGAAACUACCCCAGGUUGAAAAAUGAUUUUUAAAACGCCGUCAUUGUUAAGUGGCAGGCCGCAUGUCGCCGGAUGCCGAGCGUUUCCCAUUGGUUAAUAAAUAUCCUCUGAUCACUUGA